UGUUGAGCCGGUCAGAGGCCACAGGAGAGCCAGUCCAGGGUCCCACAGGAGCACACACAGAGCUGCCCGCCCCACACCUUCCAGGGAGCCAUGGGAGGCAUCCAUCUCUUUCUGCUGGGGAUCCUGCUGUGCUCCAAGCAGGCUCUGAGCCUGCAGUGCUACACUUGUACUGAGAACUAUGGCCUGUGCCUUGCCACCACAUGCCAACCAGGGCCAGCGUUCUGCUUCACAGCCAGUCUGAUCAUAAUCAACGAUGACGGGAAGAAGUUCACAGUGACUCCAAAAGGUUGUGUUCCUUCCUGUAAUGGCUCUUCAGAGACAAUUGAGAGGAUGCCCGGGGUCACCUUCAAACUGUGGAACCCUUUUGAGGGGCUGAGACCUUCAAUAUAUGAAAUUAAGGACUUGAAAUGCUGUGACAGUGACCUCUGCAAUGGGGCUGCCCAGGUGAGGCACGGCCUCUGGACCCUGGCUGGGGCCCUACUGAUCAGCCUGGGGCCCAUGGUUGUCUGGGCCCUGCUGUGAAGGCCCUUCUGCAACAUGGACAUGGGGUCUCCUCCAGAAAGUGAGAAAGGGAUAGCCUUCUGAUCACUAACCGCAGCUGGCACACGCAGUAGGCCUGCCUCCAAGCCAGCUGUCCUGCACACACUCAGACCCGGGAGUACUCAGCAGAUGCCCCGGCCGUGCCUAAACUGGUCUUGCCUGGCUGUCCAGGGCCAGGCCCUCAGAUCACCCUUCUACUCCUGCCCACCCCCCGCCACCAGCAUCCUGCCCGGCACCCUGCCAUAUGCCACAAGCUCACUGCCUUCUGCAGGCACCACUGAUUGAUCAAAGACCCUAGAUGUGGAGAAAUCCAACCUGGGUUGGGCAGGGCCCAUGGACAGCAGCACCCACAGGCUCUCUGGCUUCAGGUUCCCUAACUGCACCAGGCAGCUGUGCACAUAAAAUAAAUGCUUUCCCCACAAGCA